AUGGGAGGUGUCGGCAAAACUACCCUUGCCCAGCUUGCCUACCACGACGACAGAGUGAAGAAUCAUUUUGAUCUGAGGGCUUGGGUUUGUGUUUCUGAUGAUUUUGAUGUUUUGAGGAUAGCAAAAACGCUUCUACAGUCAAUUGCUUCUUAUGCCCGUGAGAUCAAUGAUCUAAACUUGCUUCAAGUCAAGCUGAAAGAGAAAUUGUCUGGAAAGAAGUUUCUGCUUGUUCUAGAUGAUGUCUGGAACGAGAACUAUGACAAAUGGGAUAGGUUGUGCACCCCUUUACGAGCAGGGGGACCCGGCAGUAAGGUUAUCAUCACUACUCGCAUGGGUGUCGCGUCACUUACCAGAAAGGUUUCGCCUUACCCCCUGCAGGAGCUGUCAAAUGAUGAUUGUCGGGCUGUGUUUGCGCAUGCAUUGGGAGCAAGGAACUUUGAAGCUCAUCCGCACGUGAAAAUAAUUGGAGAGGAAAUGGUGAACAGAUGCAGGGGCUUGCCUUUGGUCGCAAAGGCCCUGGGAGGCAUCUUGCGAAAUGAACUAAACCAUGAGGCAUGGGACGAUAUAUUGAAGAGUAAGAUAUGGGAUCUACCAGAAGAGAAAAGUGGUGUUCUUCCAGCUCUCAAAUUGAGCUAUCAUCACCUCCCAUCUCAUCUGAAGCAGUGCUUUGCUUACUGCGCUAUUUUUCCCAAGGGAUAUGAAUUCAAAAAGGAUGAAUUAAUCCUUUUAUGGAUGGGAGAAGGAUUUCUGCAGCAAACAAAAGGGAAGAAGCGAAUGGAGGACUUAGGUUCCAAAUACUUCUCAGAGUUGUUAUCAAGGUCAUUCUUUCAACAAUCAAGUGACAUAAUGCCGCGAUUCAUGAUGCAUGAUCUCAUCCAUGAUUUGGCUCAAUCUAUUGCCGGAAAUGUAUGUUUCAAUUUGGAGGAUAAGUUGGAGAAUAAUGAAAAUAUUUUUCAAAAGGCUCGCCAUUUGUCAUUCAUUCGUCAGGCCAAUGAGAUCUUCAAAAAAUUUGAAGUUGUCGAUAAAGGGAAGUAUCUUCGAACUUUUCUAGCUUUACCCAUCAGUGUAUCAUUUAUGAAAAAGUUGCCCCAAACUGGAGUCAUUUCCAGAGAUGGGCUUGCCAUCGAUGCUGAGAAGUCUCGUGCUGCAGAAAUGCAAGACUCUGAAUCUUGGAGAUCAGAAAAUGUUCAUCCCUCCACCCUCAAGCGGCUUGAGAUAUGGGACUGCGGGCAAUUUCAACCAAUUUCAGAGCAGAUGUUGCACAGCAAUACUGCACUUGAACAGUUGUCCAUUUCCAAUUAUCCAAACAUGAAAAUCCUUCCAGGUUUCCUCCACAGCCUCACGUAUCUCUAUAUAUAUGGUUGUCAAGGUCUUGUGUCCUUUCCAGAAAGGGGCUUGCCCACUCCCAAUCUCAGAGACCUUUAUAUUAACAACUGUGAGAACCUGAAGUCCCUGUCUCAUCAAAUGCAGAACCUUUCAUCUCUUCAAGGACUGAAUAUCAGGAAUUGUCAGGGCUUGGAGUCAUUUCCAGAAUGCGGUUUGGCUCCCAACCUUACCUCGCUCUCAAUCAGAGAUUGUGUGACUCUGAAGGUGCCAUUAUCUGAAUGGGGCCUCCACAGGCUCACUUCUCUUUCAUCACUGUACAUUUCCGGUGUAUGUCCAAGUCUGGCAUCUCUUUCAGAUGAUGACUGUCUUCUUCCUACAACUCUGAGCAAACUUUUUAUCAGUAAGCUGGAUUCCCUGGCCUGUCUGGCUCUCAAAAACCUCUCUUCUCUUGAAAGGAUAUCCAUCUACAGAUCAAGGAAGCCGAUUGAUGAGUCAUUUGUCGUUUGCGCUGUGUUUUUCCCUCCAACAAGGUAUGAAGAAAAGAAUGAUGAACGUGUUCAGUGCUUAUUAGGACUUAUUCGUCUGGUUUCUGCUAUUGUACACAAGCAUGAAUAUGCAGCUGCCUUCUCUUCUGCUUUGACACAGCAAUUUGAUUAG